AUGUAUCGAGGUAUGAUAGGAUCUCUCCUUUAUCUUACCGCUAGUAGACCCAACAUUAUGUUUAGUGUGUGCUUAUGUGCUCGUUUUCAAGCUUGUCCUAAGGAAUCCCACUUGCAUGCCGUUAAACGUAUUUUGAAAUACUUGCAUGGCACUUUACACCUAGGAAUCUAUUACCCUAGAAAUGUGGACCCUAGGUUACUUGGCUACUUCGAUGCCGACUAUGCGGGUUGUCUUAUUGAUCGUAAAAGUACCUCCGGGACUUGCCAAUUUCUAGGUCAAAGUUUGAACUCUUGGAGUAGUAAUAAACAAGUAUCCAUAGCUUUGUCAACCGCGGAGGCCAAAUAUGUAGCGGCCGGUGAUGUAGUAAUCGAAUUCAUCGAUGCUACUAAUCAAUUUGCAGAUAUUUUUACCAAGCCUCUAAAUGAGGAUCGUAUGCAUUUUAUCAUUCGAGAGCUUGGUAUGCUUGAUGCUUGGCAUUGUGCAAACUUUUCGAAAAUUGUUAAAAAUCAUGAUUUCAAUGAAUCUCGGCCGCUAUCUACAUAUCGCGGACGAGAUCUUCAAACUGAAAUAAAAUUUUUUUCCCUCUGCUAG